CGAUCGAGGAUUCUCCAGAGUGGUGGGUGUUGGCCGGCUGUUGCGCCACAUGUCCGCCGGCUGCGAAGACGCCCCACUACCGCGACGCGCUCGUGUCUCGGAAAUGCUUCUCUCUCGUCCACUUCGGCGUCUUCUCACGGAGGCAACGAAUCAGUUUCACUUUGUCCGGUGCGAUUGAAGCAGCAGUCUCUUCUAUUUGAAACACCACACUAUCCCACACUCCUCUGGAGCAUAGCGAACAAGUUUUGUGAGGUUUUAUAAAAGAAAAGAAAAAGAAAAAGAAAAUCUGGGUGUGUGCCUGCAUCUUUUGGAUUACAAUUCAUAUUUAGGAGGAAACAUCUGUGCGGGGAAAAAUGUUCAGUGGACUGGGAGCUUCAUUGAAGAGCUUUGGCGAGAAGACAGCCAGCUUGUUCGACAGGAAGAAGAAGGAUGCCGAAACAUUGGCAGCAGAGAAAGCCACCACGGCUCAGCAUUUGGUUGAAGAGCAGGCAAGGAAGGCUGGAGAUGCCAUUGGGAAGACUAGAGUAGAAGCUGAGAAUUUGGCAGCAAGUACAGCCAAAGAGGCAGCUGCCUUAGCCGUCGAGGAGGGCUCCAAAGUGGCAAAAUCAGCUGAAGAUCGUGCCAAGGAGGCAGCAAGUUCUGCCCAGAAAACUGCCAGUAAUGUCCAAGACUCAGUUGAGGCAACGAAAAAGCAAGCAGCCAGUAUGGCCGAGCAGACACAAAAGGCAGCCAAUGAUGCCAUUAAUCAGGGCUUGAAAACUGCAGAACAGGAAAUUGAUAAUGCCAUGAAGGCAACAAGCAAUGCUGUUGAUCAAAAACUCCAGGAGGCUAAUAAGUUUGCCGAUGAGAAGCGUGUAGAGCUGGAGAAGAAAGUCAAUGAAGAAGCCGCCAAGGCACAAGAUUCAGCCGGAAAUGCUGCUGCUAAUCUCAUGGGAAAGCUCAAUUUGGGCGGGGGCAAGUAGAUUACAAAAAAAAAAUUAAUGAAAAUCCCAUCUUUUAAAUACCUUUUUCUAAAUAAAAUCUUCCCACGCUCUGCACAAUUUAAGGAAGAUUGUAUUUCUUUGAACAAAAAAAUCUCAAUGCCAGAUAUUAAGGGAUGUGCUGUAGAUAAAGAGAAAAAUGUGGAGGAAAUGCAAGAUUUUCCGAGAGAAAAUUCGAGAUAUUUUUCAAUGAAUUUAGAGAAAGUUUUAGGGAGAAUUUUUUUUUUCUGAAAACAUCCAUUUGAACAACUUUGAAGAACUUUACAAAUUAAUUGUGAAUGAUGGAAGUACGAGGAACUCGCGAGGAACAAUGAGUAGAAUAGGAGUACAUCCCUGCCUAAGUUUUAAGUCUUUUUGAAUUAACACCUUGCAAUGAAUACAAGUGCUUGAAAAAAUCUUUCAAUGUUAUCUCUGCUUCAAUUUUGAGGAAAUUUAGAAAUUUUUUGAAAACUUUUCUUUGGAAAAAUUUAAAAGUUUUCUUUGAAAAUUUAUUUGAAAGAAAAUGAAAGUUAAACAGAGAAGGAAGAUGCUUUUAAAAGCAAGAAGUUAAAGAUAAGAAAAAAUCUUGAAUGUUAAUAGAUAUGUAGGUUUAUACUCUUUGACAUAUUUCUGUGUAAAGUUUUUGCAAAAUAAAUAAGAAAAUUUAUCUUAUUCAAUUUACAAAAAAAGAAAACUAUCUUCUUUAUAUUUGGAUGAUUAUUGGACAAUUAGGAAAAAAUUAUUUAAUAAUUUUGUGAAUUUUGUUUCUUGAAAAUUCAAUUUUCUAAAAUAAAAAUUUCAAAAAUAUUCAUGCUUAACGAAAAAUAAAACAAUUCGUCAAAUUAACUGUCAAUAGAUAAAUUGUUAAAUAACUUAUGUCACCAUUAACUGUCUCUGUUCCUUUUUGUAUUUUUUUUUAUUUUCAAAUAUUUACUUACACUCUUUCUAUAAAUCAAAAUGUUGAAAAAAAUAAGAGAAAAAAUAUGCAACGUUCUAGUUUCAAAAUGGCCUAAAUGGAUCAAGAAAUGAAGGUUUACAUGAAUUCUGUAUUUUAUUGUAUGGAAUACAACUUUGGAAAAGAGCUUUUUAUGGGAGCUUCUAUAUUAUUGCCUUCAAUUUGAAACUUAUAUGCCUUGAAAAAUAAAUUAAUCCGUGUUUUAUGCAUACAACGCGAGCAAUUAGCACGAAAAACAAGCCUUAAUGUUAGAUGAAAAAAAAAAACAUCAUAUUGUAAUAUCAAACAAAUUGUCAUUAAGUUUCUCUAUAUAAGUGUAAUGCAAAAAAAUGUAAUUUGUUACAAGAAUAAAAAGAACUUUAAAAUG